AUGAAAGCUUACAGGGCAAAGGCAGAGGCACUUCGAAUCAUUGAAGGAUCAAUUGCUGAGCAAUAUGCCAUGCUCUGGGAUUAUUGUCAUGGGCUGGAAGACAAAAACUCUGGCUCCACAAUAAAGAUGCAGUGUGAGUUUGUUGAUGGUGAAACUAUUUUUAAGCGUUUGUACAUUUGUUUAAAAUCAUUAAAGAGAGGGUUUAAGAUGAACUGUAGGCCUUUUAUUGGGUUAAAUGUCUGCCAUUUAAAAGGAAUUUAUGAUGGACAGUUGCUUGCAGUAGUUGGGAUUGAUCCCAAUAACGAGACUUGGGUGCUAGCAUAUGUUGUGGUUGAGAUGGAAACAAGGGAGUCAUGGACAUGGUUCAUUGAUUUGUUGGCCAAGGAUGUGAACAUUGUUAAUCCCAAGGAUGGGUCUUUAUAUUUGACAAGCAAAAAUGACUGCCUGGUGCAUUUGAAGACAUUGUGCCUAAUGCUGAGACAAGAUUCUGUGUGA